UCGAAGCCUGCUCUUUUCUGUUUUCUCCCCCUCUGUCUGUCUUAUGACACAACCUCUAAACGUCAAAAUCAAUUUCAAAUGCUCUCCGGCAGAACUGCCGCACGUAUGUUGCUGUCAUUGAAGAUUAAUUGGGUGUCUCAAUGCGUGAAUUAUCGAUCCUACGUGUAACUCCAUAUUUGGAUCACGAAUUCGCUAUAUUUUAAAAAGUGUCUUGGUGUUUCUCUUCUCUUGUCAUUCGUCAGAACAAAUUUUUCAUACGUUCGACCGAGUCGAGAAAAAAAUCAUAGCAAGUAUCAGUUGAGAAAAAUAUCGAUUCCCAAGGAUUUUCGAUAAAACAGUGACAUCAAAUAUGCCCAGUUCUUAUCUCUAUGCUAUAAACAAUGAGGGAAGAGUCUUUGGUCUUUCUACGUCCGGCGGAAUGUGGCGAGAGUUCAUGUAUCUUGGCCUUGAGUUUAAACAACUUUCGGCUGUGCCACAUUUCAUGUGGGCCAUUGGCGGUGAUCGACAGGUUUAUGUCCAUGUGCAUGGACUUGAUAUACCUAUCAGAAUUAAAGAAGAAACCUACGAGAACGAGAGAUGGUUACCCCUGGAAGGUUUCAGCGGGAGAUUACUGCCAACGGAUAGAUACAAUUUUUCAAAUCAAGAUGGUACGGUCGAUCGUUCUCGGGACAAAGUGAAAUUACCAUCAAUGGCAUGGCAAUGGGAAGGUGAUUGGCACAUAGAAACGACAUUGGAUGGACAGCCUCUGGAUCACGAUGGUUGGACUUAUGCUGUUGAUUUUCCAGCAACUUAUUCGACAAAAAAGCAAUGGAAAUCUUGCGUUAGAAGGCGCAAAUGGGUACGAUAUCGCAGAUACAGUGCGAUGAAUUCUUGGUGUGCUAUUGCCCCUCUUCAUAAAGAUGCUACAAAGGAACCUUUCAUCGAUGUUGCUAUUGGAGGAAAUCAAAUUCCGGGAGGGAGUCCUGGAAGUUUAGUCGUGUGGGCCGUUACAGCUCAUGGAAGGGUAAUGUUCCGGGUCGGAGUCAGUUCGACUUCGCCCGAGGGCCAGAGAUGGAGUGCUAUAAAAUUGCCAACAGGAUACGAAGUUUGCCAAAUAAGCGUAGGAGUUUCUGGGCUUGUUUGGGCAAUUCUCAUGAAUGGGAAAGCGAUCGUACGCAUUGGUGUCACGAGGGAAAACCCAAUGGGCGAUGACUGGUCAGAAGUGGAGCCGCCACAAUCGGAUCUUCGGCUGUUGCAAGUGAGCGUUGGAAACGAUGCUGUAUGGGCAGUAACGCACGAGGGCAGCGUUUGGUUUCGGAAGGGGAUAAAGGGCGAAAUGAGUGGCGUUUGCGAGCAAUUGUCAACCGGUACGGGAUGGGUUGAGAUGCUAAGUAAAAUGGCACUCGUUUCGGUAGCACCAAACGACCAGGUCUGGGCCAUCGGUUAUGAGGACAGAUGUUUAUACUAUCGCAAUGGUAUAACCAGGUCUGAGUUAACUGGCAAGAAAUGGCGACUAAUUAAUGUUCCCCUUCAGCUAAGUCGAGCUAGUAGCAAUGCCAGUUUGUCGUCGAGCAACAGGCACAGUAUGUGCGGGACACCUCAGCAACAUCGUCAUCAGAGCUGGAGUUCUCUGAAUCGACCUCACAGUACGAGCGAAGGUACAGCACUGAUACGAGAUUGGGAAGAACAAUCAAGAUCGGCGCCUACGCCAACGUCAUUGAAGUUAUGGCAAAAAACGAACGAUGGUACACCGUCCGGUAACAUUCAACAAACAUCGUUCAAAGAAAUGUACGAGCACGAGGAAAAAAAUCGAUCAAUAAACUCGGUGGAAUUGUGCGAUUUAACGGAAGCGAGUGUUGCCAGUAUAACUAUUUCAAACGAGUCCUUAUCGCAGAGCGGCGAAUCAAUAGUUGUUUCUGGCAAAGGAAUGGGCAGUACAGUUAAGGUAAAUCCGGCUGCCUGGAGCCCAGUACAUUCGGUCGGUUCGAUGGUCGGUGUCGAAGCUCAUCCUGAAACCGACGGAAGCGUUUUCGAUCCCGAUUUGACCGGUGACUCGGGGGUUUACGGCGAAGAUGAGAGCACGGCCGCUGUUUAUUGGGCCGAAUGCGAUGUAUCCUGGUCAAAAGUUGAAGCCGGAGCUUGUUUCGUUGAUCCGUCAAAUCCACCGAAAUGGAUUGCAGAUGGAACACACUCGAUGGUUCAAGGCGAAAUCGUGGAACCGUGGAGAAUGCGAAUUCUCGAGGAAUUAAGAAAUCGUAUAAAAAAUCUUGAAUUCGAUCUUUCGAGAUACGAGAAAGCGAUCGAAAGAUCAUCCUGGGUAAAAAAUGGCGAUGCUCGUUGCAAACUCAAAGGUAGUCUCGUGUACGAAGAUUGCGUUAUAGAACUCGAGUGGAUAAGCAGCGACAGUGGGACAUUGGAUUCUGGAACAUUGACGAUUCUGAAUGCUGAUGGAGCAACGACGAUAAUGCAAUUUCCCAUAUCGGAAAUUGUUUGCGUCGUUUGUUGCAGUGAGCCUGGAAAUCCAAGGCUCGCGAUCCAUACGCCUCGUUUGCCACGAUCGAAAGUCCUCAGACUCCAAUUCGCCAGCGAUACAGAAAUGGAAGAUUGGAUGGGUCACAUAACUUCAGUCACCUGCAAAAUGAACAACGUGUAUGGAAGACCUGGGCCCAAUUCGAUUUGGGCUACCACAGCUCUGGGUGACGUUUUCGUUUACGAUCCUGUUUUGGCAGAGGCAAAUCAAUAUUUGGAGGGACUUUAUUCACAAGAAUUGGACACUGCUGGCAAAAAUUUACCCUUCGAAAGUAUUUUGCAGAAUGGCUUCCAGUGCGGGAGCGCUUUACACAUAUCGGUUUGUGUUCACGACGAUGCCGAUCGGCUAUCGUUCAAUCUCGUUUGUCACAUGACGAUGGUCUUGCGGCAGAAAGGAGCAGUGGAUACGCAUGACAUUGCGAUGCACUUCAAUCCACGGUUGAAGGAGAACUUAAUCGUUAGAAAUACUUAUCAAAAUGGGCACUGGGGUGACGAGGAGAGAGGUGGUAAAAGCCCUAUAAAAGCCGGCUCUGAUUUCACGCUGAAAAUCAUUUGCGAGGACAACGGUUAUCGUAUAUUCAUAAACGAUAACGAGUUCACAUUUUUCAGCCACAGAAUAUCUCCGCAAAGUAUAACGCAUUUGAGAAUAAAAGGACUCAUGACGUUGCAUUCCGUGCUCUAUAAAUCACCCAUGGUUAUAAUCGAGCCGAUGGGAAUGUUCUGGCGACAAAUCGGUGGUCAUUUGAAAAAGGUUGAGACUUGUAGUUCAGGGAUAACUUGGGGGAUCGGCUACGACAAUACUGCUUGGGUUUACACAGGAGGUUGGGGUGGACUUUUUCUUAAGGGAUUGGAAGCCAGCAACACGGGAAUAAAUCCAAUGAUGGAUACUCACAAUUAUUUCGUGUACGAAAAUCAACGCUGGAAUCCAGUUACCGGUUACACGUCGCAUGGACUCCCAACGGAUCGUUACAUGUGGAGUGACGUAACGGGACGCCACAAACGUACUCGAGAGCAUACGAAAUUGCUGUCGAUGCAUUGGCGUUGGGUCUCCGAUUGGAUCAUUGAUUUUCAUACCCCGGGAGGUGUUGAUCGCGACGGCUGGCAAUACGCUACCGAUUUUCCGUCGCAGUAUCAUGGCAAAAAAACUUUUACCGACUACGUCAGACGACGAAGAUGGUUCAGGCGUUGUCUUCUAACCAGUAGCGGCCCUUGGCAAGAAUUGGGCAACACAAAAGUCGUCGAUGUUUCUUUAUACGUUUCUGAAAAACCCGGCACCGAUUCACCCAUCGACGUCUGGGCCGUUGCCGCCAAUGGCGAGGCUCUCUUCAGACGAGGAGUUUCAGAAUCUUGUCCCAUGGGUGUUACGUGGGAGCACAUACCAAGCGAUCAACCAUUAGUCGGCAUAUCAUGCGGUCCACACAAUCAAGUUUGGGCGAUUGGAAAAAAUGGUUCUUCCUAUUGGCGGUUUGGAAUAACUGCUGCUAAGCCGAUAGGCGAAGUUUGGACGAAUGUCGAGCCACCGGCUGGUGCACAUCUAAAGCAAAUAUCCGUUGGUUCGAACGUUGUGUGGGCGCUCGACGAUUCUGGAAGAUUGUCCGUUCGACGGGAAAUUCAGCCCAAAGUUUUUCCCGAGGGAACCCACUGGCAAACCUUGCCAGCGAUGCCCAACGAUCCUAUUCAUAUUGCUAUGACAGUGCUCAAUAAUAUUUGCUUUGGAUCAGAUCAAUCGGUAAUAACCGCGAAGCAGGGAUUCCGUCACAUUUCGGUUGGCAGAGAAACCGGUCAAGUUUGGGCGAUUUCUGGUGCUGGAAUAGUUUGUCGGAGGAUUGGCAUAACUGACGAUAAUCCAGCUGGCACAGGAUGGGUUACUGGAAUCGGGGCAAAUUGGCAGUACAUAAACGUUGGGGGCCUCGUAAACGGAUCGAAGUAGUAAUCCAAGACACCAAAUUUUCGGACAAACAGCAUAUUUAUAAUUAUAUAAAAAUAGCCUAACGAGAUCGGAUAUUCGAUCACCCAAAUCCGGGCCUUUUUCGAAUUAUUGAAAUGCUCACUUCAUCCUGAAGACAAGUGAUCAAAUGAUACUACAGGUUGUUCUUCGCCCAUUCUCGUAAUAUUUUUUUAUCCAUAGAACUGAUUAUUCGAUGAAAAACGUAACAUCAAACACGAGUGAAUUAGUUUUUAUAAACGAUCAGUUCCGCUGUUAUAAUUUUAUGAUAUUGAUCCAAAAUCUUAAUAUCCGGACAUGAUUUCUGGAGCUAUUGAAAAUAUGUUUGGAAAAAAACGGAUUAAGAGAAUGAUGAACCAACGGUUCUGAAUAUAUUCUGCCAUUUCUGCUGCGUCUAUUCACGCAUAAUAAGAAACUGCACAGUAUUCCGAGCGACUCCACUUUUAUUGCUCGACAUUUAAUUUUUAAUAUAGUGUGAUUGUUCGACGGAGAAUAUUUUAAGGUUUAUCAAAGAAUAAUGAAAUCAAUGUUGAGGCUCGUCUUGAAUAUAACCAAAGAGUGAGAUAAUGUCUGUGUAUAUACAUAUAUUUAUAUACAAAAUAUAAUCGGUAAAAUGAAGUGAUAAAUAGGCGCUAGUCCUCAUAAGAUUUUUGUGUUUAUAAUUUUGAAAUGAUUUGCAAGUGCCAUUUAAGAAUCAUCGGCCAACCAAUUUCUCGGAGCUUUUUAUUCUCUCUCUCUCUCUUUUUUUUUGUUAUUUUUCUACAACUGUCAGAUCAGAGGGACAAUGAGGAAAUUAUAAUGAAAUAAUAAAACAAUCCAUCGUCGUUUAUAUCUCUGUACAAUAAAAGUUUAUACAAAGUCAUA